CUGAAACUGCAAACCCCAAACCCUCCAAAUCCCAAACCUCCAAACCCCAAACCCCAAACCCCUCCAUGUUCCCAGCCUGGUUCCUCUUCCCAAGGGCGGGAUUAUCCCUGAUUUCCCUGGAGCUGCGGGAAAUGUGGGAUGGGGAUUUGGAGCCGCCGCUCUCCCGCUCGCACCGCGCUGUUCCCGGGGCCGGGAUGUUCCCGGGAUUGGAUUUGGGAAUGUCAGAGCCAGGGAGAAUCCACCAGAACCGCCCCAAAUCAAACCUUGGGAUUUGGGAAGGGCUCCGGGAGCAGAAUCCGCCGGUUUUCCAUGAAAUCCUGGCAUUCCCAGCAAAGUCCCGGCUGCGAUCCGCAGGCUCUCCCCGCUGCCGGGAUGUGCGGUGCCUGUCGGAGCAUCCCGAGCAGCCUCUUCCCAAAUUUCCUCCCGAGAGGAGCGGGCAGGGCCUGUCCCCGGAAUUCCCGCUGGGAUUUUGGGAUCCAUCACCGGAGCGGGAUCUUGGCUCCCACAAACCGGGCCGGUGCAUCCCGAGCCCCCGGCGGGAUUCCAGCCUCUCCUGGCCCUUGUCCUGCCCCUAAUCCCUGUGUUAGCGGCGGAGAGGGAAGCGGAGAGCUGCGUGCAGGGCUCCGGGGAAAUUCCCGGGACCCGGAGGCGGAGAAGGGAAAUCCAGGAGCCCCCGCGCGGUGUUUGCCCACAGGGAGCGGCCCCGGGGCCGCGACUGCGGCGGCUGCUCCGCUCCGGCUGCUGCCGGUCCCGGCCCGAUCCCAUCCCGAUCCCAUCCCGACCGAUCCCACCCUUCCCGAUCCCAUCCCGACCGAUCCCACCCUUCCCGAUCCCAUCCCGACCGAUCCCACCCUUCCCGAUCCCAUCCCGAGCGAUCCCACCCUUCCCGAUCCCAUCCGGACCGGGAGCGGCUCCGCGGGCGCUCCCGGCAGGAUGAGGCCGGAGCGGCUGCUGGGGGCCCGGCGCCCCGGCUACGGGACGCUGCAGCCGGACACGGAGCCGGCCCGCAUGGAGGUGACGGGUUACCAGCGCCGGCCGUGGCGGGUGCUGCUGUGCCACGCGGGCUCGGUGCUGAGCGCGGGGCUGCUGCUGCUGCUGUUCCACUGGAAGCCCAGCCUGGAGGUGCAGGCCAAGGGCGAGCCCUGCGCGCUGGCCCAGGCGGACUGGCUCAUCAUCAGGGACCGUUUUGGGCAGUGCUUCACCACCAAGGUGCUGACGGAGCCGCUGGGCGAGGCCAGCCUGGAGCAGCACCCCGGGGCGCAGCAGCAGGAGCGCAGGAGCAGCGUGGCCGUCGGGGUGCCGGAUGAGGAGGAGAGCCGCGACACCGUCCGGCUCCAUGACAAGGACGAGAACGUCCUGAGGUAUUACCUGUUCCAGGGAAUGCGCUACGUGUGGCUGGAGCGGCGGCAGGCCUUCUGCAGGGUCAGCGUCCUGGACGAGGGCUGGACGUGUGCGGAGCUGCACCUGUGCCAGGCCGGGCUGGAGCAGCAGGAGCACAGCGCCAGGAGGAAGAUCUAUGGCCCCAACCUCAUCGAGGUGCCCGUCAAGUCCUAUGCCAGGCUCCUGGUGGAGGAGGUGCUGAAUCCCUUCUACCUGUUCCAAGUGCUCAGCAUGGUGCUGUGGGUGUGCGACGCCUAUUACUACUACGCCGCCUGCAUCUUCCUCAUCUCCACCUUCUCGCUGGGGCUGUCCCUCUACGAGACCCGCAAGCAAAGCACCACGCUGCGGGACAUGGCCAAGAUGUCCGUGGGGGUCCGGGUGCGGCGGCCUGGUGGAGAGGAGCUGGUGGUCAGCUCAGCGGAGCUGGUGCCCGGGGACUGCAUCCGGCUGCCCGCGGCCGGAGCGCUGCUGCCCUGCGACGCCGCGCUGCUGACCGGAGAGUGCAUGGUCAACGAGAGCCUGCUGACCGGGGAGAGCGUGCCGGUGAUGAAGACGCCGCUGCCGGCGGGCGGGCAGGCGGCGGGCGCCGCGUACGGCCCCGAGGAGCACCGGCGGCACACGCUGUUCUGCGGCACACAGCUCAUCCAGGCCAAGGCCUACGUGGGCGGGGAGGUGCUGGCCGUGGUCACCCGCACAGGGUUCUGCACGGCCAAGGGGGACCUCAUCAGCUCCAUCCUCUACCCCAAGCCCGUGAGCUUCAAGUUCUACAAGGACGCUGUGAAGUUCGUGCUGUUCCUCGCCGUCCUGGCUCUCAUCGGCACCUUGUACAGCAUCCUCAUCCUGGUUAGGAACCAGGUCCCCGUGGGACAGAUCAUCAUCCGCGCCCUGGACCUGGUGACCGUCAUCGUUCCCCCGGCGCUGCCGGCUGCCAUGACCGUGGGCACCAUCUACGCUCAGAACCGGCUGAAAAAGCAGGGGAUCUUCUGCAUCAGCCCUCCCCGCAUCAACCUGUGCGGGAAACUGCGCCUGGUGUGCUUCGACAAGACGGGGACGCUGACCCAGGAGGGGCUGGAUGUGUGGGGAGUGGUGCCCCUGGAGAGGCAGAGGUUCCUGCCCAUGGUGCCCGAGCCGCGCUGCCUGCCCGCCGGAGCGCUGCUCUACGCGCUGGCCAGCUGCCACGCCGUGUCGCCGCUGCGGGGACAGCUCGUCGGGGACCCCGUGGACGUCAAAAUGCUGGAAUCCACCGGCUGGCGGCUGGAGGUGAUGGAGGAGGAGGAGGAGGAGGAGGAAGGGGAGCUGGCGCCGUUCCAGCGCUUCGGGAUGAAGGUCUUGGCCGUGGUGAAACCCCCACCAGAGGAGGAGCAGCCUCAGGACAGGAGGCACCAGGCCCCCCUGGGGAUCCUGCGGCGUUUCCCCUUCUCCUCCUCCCUGCAGAGGAUGAGCGUCCUGGUCAAGCUGCCCGGGGAGGCCUCGGCCCACGCCUACACCAAGGGCGCCCCGGAGAUGGUGGCCAGUCUGUGCAGGAAGGAAACUGUGCCCCCGGAUUUCUCCCAGAUGCUCCGGCGCUACACCACCGACGGGUUCCGGGUCCUGGCGCUGGCCUGCAAAGCCCUGAGCUCGGUGGCCACCUUUGAGGAGGCCCUGCAGCUCCCCAGGGACUCGGUGGAGAGCGGCCUGAACUUCCUGGGCUUCCUGGUGAUGAGGAACGUCCUGAAGCCGGAGUCGGCGCCGGUGAUCCAGCUGCUGCGGAGCGCCAACAUCCGUCCUGUCAUGGUGACAGGGGACAACAUGCUGACAGCCAUGAACGUGGCGCGGGGGUGCCGCAUGCUGGAGCCCAGGGAGCGCGUGGUCUUCGUCACCGCCUCGCCGCCCGGCCACGACAAACCCGCCAGCCUCAAGUUCGUCCUGGCUGAGCAUUCCCAGGGCGAGGAGCAGCCCGAGCAGGAUCUGCAGCAGCAGCAGGACAGCUCCUCCCUCCCAGCCCGGCACUGCCACUUGGCCCUCAACGGGAAAUCCUUCCAGGUGGUGUGCGAGCACUUCGCCGAGCUCCUGCCCAGGAUCCUGCUCCGGGCCACGGUGUUUGCCCGCAUGCUGCCCGAGCAGAAGACACAGCUGGUGUGCAGCCUGCAGGAGCUCGACUACUGCGUGGGGAUGUGCGGGGACGGCGCCAACGACUGCGGGGCGCUGCGCGCGGCCGACGUCGGCAUCUCCCUGUCCGAGGCCGAGGCGUCGGUGGCCUCGCCCUUCACCUCCCGCGUGGCCACCAUCGAGUGCGUGCCCAGGGUGAUCCGGGAGGGCCGCUGCUCCUUGGUCACCUCCUUUGGGGUCUUCAAGUACAUGGCCCUGUACAGCCUGGUGCAGUUCGUGUCCGUGCUCCUGCUCUACACCAUCAACACCAACCUGAGCGAUUUCCAGUUCCUGUUCUUCGACCUGGUCAUCACCACCACGGUGGCCGUGCUGAUGGGGCGCGCGGGGCCGGCGCCGGCGCUGGGCGUGCGGCGGCCGCAGGGAGCCCUGAUCAGCGCGCUGGUGCUGGGCAGCCUCCUGCUGCAGACAGCCCUGCUCAUCGCCGUGCAGGUCCUCAGCUACUUCAUCACCGUCUCACAGAGCUGGUACGUCCCCCUGAACAGCACGGUGACAGCGCCCCAGAACCUGCCCAACUACGAGAACACCGUCCUGUUCUGCGUCAGCGGCUUCCAGUACCUGAUCCUGGCCGUGGCCAUGUCCAAGGGCCACCCCUUCCGCGAGCCUCUCUACACCAACGUGCUCUUCCUGCUCGUGCUCAUCCUGCUCUUCGGCCUGAUGGGCUGGCUGACCCUCUACCCCCUGGGCUUUCCCAAAUCCCUGCUCAAGCUCCAGCCCAUCGAGGAUUUCAGUUUCAAGCUGCUCCUCUUGGGCAUCGCCGCCUUCAACUUCUUCGCCGCCUUCGCGCUGGAGACCGCCCUGGAUCACGGAUUGCUGGGCUGCUUCCGAAGGCUGCGCCGGAAAAAAGCCUCCAAGAAGCUUUUCAAGAGGCUGGAGAAGGAGCUGAGCCAGCAGCAGCCGGCCUGGCCGCCCCUGGAGCAGCCCCUGUUCGCCACACCCAGGAUGUCCCUGGCUGUGAGAUAGCAGUGCCAGCUGUGCCAGCUGUGCCAGCUGUGCCAGCUGUGCCCUCUGCCCCAGCCCUCGGACGCUUCCUUAAUUUAUUGAUCCCGGAAAAAGCGGGGACACGGCGGGCGGGAUCCCUCGGCAUCAGAGAUGUGAAUCCCGUGGCCACGCUGAUCCCAUGGCCAUGGUGAUCCCAUAUCCACUCUGAUCCCAUAUCCACCCCUAUCCCAUAUCCACACUGAUCCCAU